AUGGCUGCAAACAAGUUUGCAACCAUGUUGCAUAACAACACAAACAAGAUCACUCUCAUUCUCAUUUAUGCACUUCUUGAAUGGACGCUUAUACUUCUCCUUCUUCUAAACUCCCUUUUCUCUUAUUUCAUCAUCAAAUUCGCCCAAUUCUUUGCCUUAAACCCUCCAUGUUUCUGGUGUGCUCGAAUCGAUCGACUGUUUGAACCCCGAAACGAAAAUUCCCAUCGAAACCAUCUGUGCGAGCUUCAUUCAAAAGAGGUUUCUCAUCUGGGGUUUUGUUCGAUUCAUCAAAAGUUAGCGGAAUCCCAGGAUUUAUGUGAAGAUUGUUCAUCAUCCAAUCUGGGUUUUAGGAGAGAAUCGAAGAAAUUUGUGUUCUCGAAGGUGGAAAGGAUUGAUGUGAUUCAGAGUGAUGGAGAAGAUGAAGUGAGAUUGAAGUGUUCUUGCUGCGAUGUGGAUUUUGAGACGAAAUUUGUUGACGAUUCUUCUUGUUUUGUAAUUCAUCCUUUGUCGGAUAUUUUGGAUGAUGCCAAAAAGGAGAAUCUGAUCGAUGAUCAUGAAGCGAAAAUCAUUUCGGAAGAACAAAUAGAAUCGAAUUCCAUUGAAGAAAAACAAGAAAUUGCAAGCGAAAAAGGGAAUGAUGGUAAUGAAGAACUUGAAACAGAGGAACAUGAGAUUGAAGUGAUUAGAGAUUCAAAUUUUUCGGAGCAGGAUUUGAUUCGAUUUGAAAAAGAGGAAGAUUCGAUUUCGGCGACUCAUGAUCUUCAGUUCUUCAUUGAUUACAGUGGAAAUCAGUUGUUUCCAUUCGAAUUACUCGAUUCGAAAACAGAGGAAAACCCGAAAAAUUCUGAAGAUGAAGAUCAUGAAUUUGGGGAUUUUCAAAAAGCUCAGAAAUCUCUUGUUUACCAUGAGAAUUUGAUUGAUUUCACUGAUGAACAAGUCGCCAUUGAUGAAGAAACUCAAAUCCAAUCAGUCGACAACGAAGAACUUCAAGAAAGUGAUUCAGAUCUUCAUUCAGUCCAUGAAGAAGAAGAAGAGGUUUCGAUCGGAACGGAAAUCCCUGUUUUGGAUUCAUGUGAUGAGAUCAAACGUGAUGAACAUUCGAUAACUUCCGCUAAUUUGCAUUCGAAUAUUGAAAAUGCGGACAUGAAGCUCGAGAAUUUCGAUGAAAUUGAGGAAGAAAAAGCUCCGGAAACACCGUCUUCGAUUUAUAGUCUCAAUCCACUUCACAAGAAGUGGUUGAUGCCGGAAAUGAAAGAAUCAGGGACGGAAGAGUCAUUUGACGGAAGUGCAAUUAGUGAAACCGACAGCGGCGAUCCUGUGAACACAUCCGAGAAGCUGAAAUCGGCUUUGAAAGCCGAGCGGAAAACAUUACAUCAUUUAUACACGGAAUUGGAGGAAGAGAGGAAUGCUGCGGCGGUGGCUGCUAACGAGACCAUGGCGAUGAUAAACCGUCUCCAAGAAGAGAAGGCGGCAAUGCAGAUGGAGGCAUUGCAGUAUCAACGAAUGAUGGAAGAACAGUCGGAAUAUGAUCACGACGCUUUGCAACUGUUGAACGAACUUAUGAUGAAAAAGCAAACGGAAUUGGAAUUAUAUCGAAAGAAAGUGUUGGAUUACGAAUCGAAGGAGAAGACGCGGUUUCUGCAGAGGAGUACGAAAACCGGGACGUCUUCGGUUUCUUGGAGUCAUUCCGAGGACGACGACGGAUUGUCGGCUGACUUGAAUCGAGAAAGUCAACAUCAAAACACCCCGAUCCACUCUGUUCUAGAUUUGGAAUCGUUCGAGGAAGAACGGGUGUCGAUCCUCGAACAACUGAAGGUUCUAGAAGAGAAGCUUUUUGCAUUGAGUGACGAAGAGGACCGACAUUUUGCUAAAGUUAGCGUAAUCGAGGAUCACUAUGAAGAGGUUGCCAAUCACGGUGUUAAAGGACCGGUUGUUGAGUUCAUGCAAAACGGAAGACAACCACAACCAAUCGGGAAGAGUCUUCUUCCGCUUUUCGAUGCCAUUAGUAGCGGGAGCGAAGAUGGCAUGACGGUAAGAAACGCCAAGUUUGAAGACACGGCCGUCACGAGAUUUGAACUCGAGAAGAAGCGAAUCGAUAUGGAAGAGGAAGUAGAUCAAUUGUAUGCAAGAUUACAAGGUCUCGAGGCCGAUAAGGAGUUCUUAAAACAUUGCAUCGGCUCGAUGAACAAGGGGGAUAAAGGAAUGGAACUUCUUCAAGAAAUCUUGCAACAUCUUCGAGAUCUCCGAACAAGAAAUUACAAUGAUAAUGCCUUCAUAUGAUCCUCUACAAAUCUCUAUCAGGUAACACAAUCCAUAACUCCGAGCCAUCUGUAAAACAAAUGAUCGUUU